GUAGCAGCGGGAGCGGCCACUCCCUGAGCGCCAAGCCGGGCUGGGCCGGGGUCUCUGCUCUUUCUCCCUGCACGCCGCGGGCCCCUCGAAGCCAGGCGGUGGCCGUCGCGCGGGUCCUCGACGCUCCCGGCAGUCUUCGUCCCCGUUACUCCCCUGGGCUGCGCCGCCCCGCGCCUCCGGGACCAUGCUACGCUGGCUGCGGGGCUUCAUGCCGCUCGCGGCGGCCUGCCAGGACGCGGAGCCGCGGACGCGCUACGAGACCCUCUUCCAGAGGCUGGACCACAACAAGGACGGCGUGGUGGACAUCGGCGAGCUGCAGGAGGGGCUCAAGAGCCUGGGCAUCCCCCUGGGCCAGGACGCCGAGGAGAAAAUCUUUACUACUGGUGAUAUCAACAAAGAUGGGAAGCUGGAUUUUGAAGAAUUUAUGAAGUACCUUAAAGACCAUGAGAAAAAAAUGAAAUUGGCGUUUAAGAGUUUGGACAAAAAUAAUGAUGGAGUAAUUGAGGCUUCCGAAAUUGUCCAGUCUCUCCAGAUACUAGGUCUAACUAUUUCUGAACAGCAAGCAGAGUUGAUUCUUCAAAGUAUUGAUGCUGAUGGGACAAUGACAGUAGACUGGAACGAAUGGAGGGACUAUUUCUUAUUUAAUCCUGUUACAGACAUUGAGGAAAUUAUCCGUUUCUGGAAACAUUCUACUGGUAUUGACAUUGGAGAUAGUUUAACUAUUCCAGACGAAUUCACAGAAGAUGAGAAGAAGUCUGGGCAGUGGUGGAGGCAGCUCUUGGCAGGAGGUAUCGCGGGUGCUGUCUCUCGGACAAGCACGGCCCCUUUGGACCGUCUGAAAGUCAUGAUGCAGGUCCAUGGUUCAAAAUCAGGCAAAAUGAACAUAUACAAUGGCUUUCGACAGAUGGUGAGAGAAGGAGGUGUCCGCUCCCUUUGGAGAGGAAAUGGCACAAAUGUCAUUAAAAUUGCUCCUGAGACAGCUGUUAAGUUCUGGGCAUAUGAACAGUACAAGAAGUUGCUUACUGAGGAAGGACAAAAAGUAGGAACCUUUGAGAGGUUUAUCUCUGGUUCCCUGGCCGGAGCAACUGCACAGACUAUUAUUUAUCCCAUGGAGGUUAUGAAAACCAGGCUGGCUGUAGGCAAAACUGGACAAUAUUCUGGAAUAUUCGAUUGUGCCAAGAAGAUUUUGAAACAUGAAGGCAUGGGAGCUUUUUACAAAGGUUAUGUUCCCAACUUAUUAGGCAUCAUACCUUAUGCAGGUAUAGAUCUUGCUGUGUAUGAGCUCCUGAAGUCCCAUUGGCUUGAUAAUUAUGCCAAAGACUCUGUAAACCCUGGAGUCAUGGUGUUGCUGGGAUGUGGUGCCUUAUCCAGCACCUGUGGUCAGCUGGCCAGCUACCCCUUGGCUUUGGUGAGAACACGCAUGCAGGCUCAAGCCAUGAUAGAAGGAAAUAAACAGAUGAACAUGGUUAGCCUCUUUCGACGAAUAAUUUCUAAAGAAGGAAUCCCAGGACUUUACAGAGGCAUCACUCCAAACUUCAUGAAGGUGCUCCCCGCUGUGGGCAUCAGUUAUGUGGUUUAUGAAAAUAUGAAGCAAACUUUAGGAGUAUCCCAGAAAUGACAUGUUGAAUUUUUUGCUUUAGCAUGAUUAUUGAAGUUUUCAACAAUCUCUGGAAUGACUUUUUCUCCUAGAAUUACAAGCCUGUGGCAAAAGAAGUCCUAUAUUUCUCACAAAAAAAGGAAGAGCAUAUCAAUGAUUACUUCAAACAUUUGGGCUCAAUUUUAUAUAUACAGAAAUGUCAAAAAUCAUAGUUUUGAUAAGCUCAUACAAUUUUGAAAAGGCCGCAAAAAUUGUAUUUUAUCUUUUCUUAUUAGUACCUUUCUACGCAUCUAUGCCCUGAGUCCUAAAUCUGAAAAAAUGUAUUGCUCGAAUUAAAUAUGUUUUGUGUGGUAAUUAGAAAUCAUUAAUCUUUAUUUUGGUUGGUUCAAGUUUACGCCAGUUCCUUAAUACAUAAAUGUCUUUUUCUACAAAACAAAAUGAUGAGAAAAACUUGAAACUUGUGUUGUUUUAUGCAUUUUGAAUGUCUUUAUAGACUUGUUAAAAUUUCCUUGUAGAACCAUUAAUGGAAAAUCAUUGCAUGAAAACAUAUCUACAGCAGCCAAAUAAGUAUAUGGCUUCUACCCUUAUCUUUCUUGAAGCUGAAUGAGAAUGAACUUAAGUGGCAGAAUUCUAGGGCAUGCAAAUACUCUAGUCCAUUUGUAUUUUUGUAUAAGGAGGAGUGAUGAAAUAAUAUUUGUUUCAGUGGGCCUUUUUCCAUUUUCCUUGCACUGUUACUUGGCUCCUGGAAUGGCACACCGAUUGUCAGUAUAUUACUGUUAAAUUAUCAACACAAGGCAACUUAUUUGAAAGCUUCUAUUUAUUCUGUCAUUGCUUUGAAAAGCACCAAGAAAAAAACCCUCUUAUAUCAGCUUCUUCUCUUGUCUUUGUCCUUUGUUUCCUACUUGGAUCAGAUUCUGUUUUAAUCAGGAAAGCUUCUAGGGAGCAAUCUUGGUAAUCUGACAUUUCUUAAUUACAUGAAGUAGGUUGAUCAUGGGUGAGUGACAUUUUCAUUUCCCCCACACUGUUGAAUUUGUUUGAACCUGCAGUUCUCAAUUUGGAGAGCACAAACCUAGGAGAUUAGUGCAUUUUAACAGUGGUAUGUAUUAAUAUUGUGUAGUAGGUACCUACGUUUAAAUGAAGGGCCUAAGUCAUAAACAUAUACGUUCAUAUUCUCCCUUGCCCCAAGUUUUAGGAACAUGUUACAAUACAGAAAAUUUAUAAUACUGUUAACAUAUUUUUCAUUUUACUAAAACGUUUUUGUAGUCAACCAUCUUGUUUUGAUUUGUGUGAUUAGGACUUAGAUAUUUAUUAGUUGUUGUUCUGUAGCUUUUUAAUUUAGUUCCUAAACUCACGUUUGAUUUCUAGUGAUUUCUGUUACAAAUUGCCAACAUUUUAGUGAAAAUCCAGUGAUGUAAUAGGCACUUACUUUAUUUGAACCUACCUCUUAUAUUUUCUGAACCAAAGAGAAAUGUUGAAUUUGUGUUUGUGAAACAUUAUUCUAAAAUAUAGUUUUUGAUACAUUAGUUAUGCCUGAUAAAUGUCUUGGUAUUUUUAGAAUACCUGUGAUAAACAUGGGACUCUAUUUUUUUCUUCAGGGUGGUUUAUACUUUUGAGUAAUCCAGAAAUGACCAUAUUAAGGUACAUGAUUAGCUUUUUCUUUUCUUACUCAUAAGAAUUAUGGGAUGAAUGACUAGAGUUUCAAGCUACUGAAAAGCAGUCACUGUUCAUUAUGAAUUUAAAUUGUUUGCUCUUUAACAUUAUAAGGUAUGAAUGUGACUUAUCCAUGCAUCUUGUAUCUUUUGAAUGUAUUUCAUCUUGUGUCUUUCGAAAAGAGCCCAGAGUUGAAGAUGUUUAUUUCCAGUCAUACUGCAUAUGUACUUUACAUUUAUAUUAAAAAAGCUAUAUAUUUGUUUUAAAAA